GCGGCGUCCGGCGCUUCCGGGCGAGAAGGGAGGCGGGAUCAUGGUGGGCUAUGACCCGCGGCCGCAGGACCAAGGACAGGGCCUCUCGUCCAGCAAGGCGGCCGUGGCGGGCUCGGCGGCCGGUCUCCUCACCCGGGUCUUCAUCAACCCGCUGGACGUCCUCAAAAUCCGCUUCCAGCUCCAGAUCGAGCGCUUUUCACUGCUGGAGCCAAGGGCCAAGUAUCUUGGCAUUGCACAGGCCACUAACAGGAUAUUCAGAGAGGAGGGCCUGCGGGCUUUCUGGAAGGGUCAUGUUCCAGCCCAGCUUUUGUCCAUCUCUUAUGGAGCUGUCCAGUUUGCAAGUUUUGAGUUUCUAACAAAAUUUGCCCACAAUGCCAUGUUGUACGAUGCGAGGAAUCCCAUAGUGCACUUUGUUUGUGGAGGCCUGGCGGCCUGCACUGCCACGGUUACCUUGCAGCCUAUGGACACACUCCGUACCCGAUUUGUGGCUCAGGGAGAACCCAAGGUUUACAGGAAUCUUUGGCAUGCAGUGAUCACAAUGUUCAGAAGAGAAGGCCCCCUGUCAUAUUAUCGUGGCCUCACUCCCUCCAUUAUAGCUGUUUUCCCAUAUGCGGGGCUCCAGUUUGCCUCGUACAACAUCUUUCACCGUAUCUCCAAAUGGGCCAACAUCAGCUCGGGUAACAUGCAUAAUCUGGCAUGUGGAAGCUGUGCAGGGAUCAUCAGUAAAACUCUUACUUAUCCUCUUGACCUUCUUAAGAAGAGAAUGCAAGUGGAUGGCUUUCAGAAGGCACGAAUCUCCUUUGGACAGGUGCAGACCUACAAAGGGUUCCUGGACUGUGUGUUCCAGGUGGCUCGGGGUGAGGGGCUGAGAGGAUUCUACAAGGGCUUGUCGCCCAGCAUGCUGAAAGCUGCCUUUUCCACUGGACUUGUAUUUUUCUGGUACGAACUCUUCUGCAAUAUCCUGAAUGACCACAAACAGAGGGCAAACUCUGGACAUCAGCAGCAACAGAGCAAAGAUCUUAAUCGCAAGCAAUGAUAUUCAACCAUUGCCAUACUAAUCGUCUAGCCUAAGCCCGCCUCUGGUUUCUGCUUUGUGUGCUGGCAAAUGAGUACACGGCUCUUGGGAGUCAUCAGGAAGCGCUGUGUUUCCCUAGGAUUGCAUCUGAUGCACAGUGCACUACCACCCUUUGAUCAGAACUGGGCAGAGCUGACUGUACUGCCUGCUGCUGUGUGUGUAAAGUGUGCACCCACUGAGGAUCCCUGCACUUUCAGUAGUUGCUUAACAUAGUGAGGUUAACAUGCCAUUGCUUUAGUUUAUAUUCGUAUUAAUGUUUAAUAUUUAUUUUUCUAAGGUGAUGCACUUAUUUAUCAAUCUGUCAUUUAUCAACCCCUUGGGAGUAUCACACCAAGUAGUGUACAAUUUCUCUCUGGGUCAAUGCUAUUUGGAGAAUUUUCACUGGAGUAGGUCUGUGGGAUUAGCCAAAGAUACAGAAGGAUUUGACAUUGCAGUGUGCGAUUGUAUGUUUGUCAUGUUGUAAUGGAAAUGCUCACACUGCUACUUGCAAAUCACAAGCGGUUGCAAUUUCCAGAUCUACACAUUGGGCUUGGAUGGACCAAGCUCUGGUGUGCUCUCUACAGCUUACUGACCUGCUAAAUGGUACACAUCAGUGGUAUGUGGAUGUGAUGCAGGGGGCUGAGUGCAACAAUCAGCAGCUUCAAGGCACAGGAGGAGAAAAGAUGUUUGAGGUGAAUGCUAAAUCUGUGCGGUGUCUGGUGUGACUUCGAACCGUCCAUGAUUUAUACCUCAGUAUUUAUACUCGCAAUAUUCAUGUAUUUUUAAUAAAAAAACAACAAAGGU